AAUUAAUGUUAUCUGAUGUAACUAAGGAAGCAAAAUAAGAUUAAUUAGUUCCUCAAUUAAAUCAGACUCCUAGCAGUACAUUCUUUGUAUAUAAUUGCUACUUACCAGUUGUUUAAGAUUUUAUGAAUCAACCUCCAACAUUGCAGGUUAGGAAUUCAAGUAAAUUAAUUAUAAAACCCUUAGAUGAGUCUUUCCCAUAAAUAUUAAAAUAAACAGAUAGUUUAUAGAUGGGACAUCUUGGAGCUGGAAUGUCAAUGCCAAGUUUUUAAUUUGGAGCAUCUACUCCUUUUAUAAAUGCAGAAGAUGUUAUGAGAAAUGUUCAACCUCAAACAACUUAGAAUCAUUUUGCAUCAUUUAUAUUAAAUGAACAACUCAAACCAUAGAAUCAGUUUUAAAAAAAUAGAAUCAUAGAAGGUACUCAAAUUUUAUGUGACAUUGAAAUUGUACUCAUUUCUCGUUAUUUUGAUAUGAAGGCUAAUGUAAUUAAUAUGUGCAAUUAAGAUAGGUAUUUUGUUCACCUAACAAUAAAUAUAAUUUAAAAGAAGACACAUCUAUUUCAAAUUCAGAGUGGCUCAAAGAUAGAAUGUCUUACAGAUACAAGAAACCCGUAUUAUUGUAUCAAUAUAAUUAGAUUAAAGAAGCAUUUUGUGAUAUGAUUGAAGCAAUUCAAAAAGAAGGUGAAGUUAAUAUGAAGUCAAUCAUUUAACCAAUUAAAUUCUAAUAAAAUGGGUUUGAUUCUAUAGAACGUCAAGUGCCAAAAAGUGUUAAAUUGGAAAAGCCAUUCUCAUUUUUCAUUUUAGAAAUAUAAUAACUUAUUUCUUAGUUUAUAUUCAACACCUAUUGACAAAAUUGGAC